AUGUUGUCGUUGGAGCAAUUGUCACAAAUGGUAAAGGUACACCUCGGACUCUACAGCGACGCGGACGGAGUUCAGCACUUUAGUAAGUGGAUCAUCGGAGAAUCUUCACUCGGCGGUCGCGGAUUGUUUGCCACCCAAGAUAUUUCGUCGGGAGAAGUGCUGUUCGUGGAUCAUCCGAUCAUACGAGGACCACGCUCCGGAACCACAGUGAGCAGAGGUUGUACUGUCUGCUGUAGUAUUGAAAGUGACACGUUUUUUAAAUGCUCUAAAUGUUCCCUGCUAUUAUGUUCAGAAGAGUGUCAAGAAACUACAACACACGACGAGGACUGUACGACUAUCUGUCGGUGGCAAAAUAAAAUUCCGAUUGAUGAAAUUGAUGAUGCCAUACUAUCAAGAGCUUUGGCGCCUAUAAGGGCAUUACGAUUGAGUGAGGACCAAAAAAUACUCAUGGCUGCACUUCAAGUACAUUCGCUUCCACGCCACGGAGCUGAAGUCAGAGAAUUGAAAGAGUGUUUCGACAUUCCAGAGGAUGACGAAGAUUUAAUGACCCUCGCGUGUUGCGCUCUUGAUACAAAUGCAUUUCAAAUCGCAACUCCGUAUGGCAAGAAGGAAAUGAGCUUGCGUGGACUGUAUCCAGUUUCUGGUCUGAUGAACCACAACUGUGUGCCGAAUACACGCCACAGCUAUAAUAAAGACUCGCAAAUGGCAGUGAAAGCAGUAAAGCCAAUACGUGCUGGGUGUGAAAUAUUUACAAGUUAUACGGGAACAUUGUGGGGAACGCCGGCUCGAAGAACCCAUCUGUACAAGACAAAACAUUUCUUUUGCGAAUGCGACCGCUGCGCCGACCCUACCGAGCGCGGCACUCUACUGGCAGCCCUGAAGUGCUUUUCCGCGGAGUGCCCCGGCUCUCUUCUUCCGAUCAACCCAUUAAACGCGUCAUCGCCUUGGCGGUGCAUUGAGUGUGAUUUACGUGUGCCGAUAAAAAACAUUUGUACUAUACAAAGUGCUCUAGGAAGUUUGAUGGGUUCACUAGACUUCGAAAAUGUGGAUCAAUCUUCAGUGUCGUCUGAUUUGGGAGCUUGGGGAAGUCGACGGGCUUCGUUGGCAUGGUAA